AUUUCCUCCUCCCCCGCGGCCGAAUUCCCCGCGGGAGAGCCGGGAAUGUGUCGCGUACGGCGGGAUCCCGCUGCUUCCCCGCGGGGAGGAAAGAGUUGCUCGGGUUUGUUUGGACGCGGGCUGACGGCCGGGGGUUUUGCGGAGCGUGCGUUGUGGUUUUUUAAGUGUAACUGGACAAGCUGAGCCUUUAGUGUUGCCCCGGAGUCUUCACGGCACGGCGGCAGGCGUGAAUGACAGAGGAGGUGCCCCCGACUGCACUGACGGACGUGAACCUGCGCCUGCUGUGCCACGAUGACAUAGACACAGUGAAACAGCUCUGUGGAGACUGGUUCCCAAUAGAGUACCCUGACUCAUGGUACCGAGAUAUCACUUCCAACAAGAAGUUCUUUUCCCUCGCAGCCACCUACAGAGGCUCCAUCGUGGGCAUGAUAGUGGCAGAGAUCAAGAGCAGAACGAAGGUGCACAAGGAGGAUGGAGACAUCCUAGCUUCCAAUUUUCCUGUGGACACUCAAGUUGCUUACAUCUUGAGUCUUGGAGUGGUGAAGGAGUUCAGAAAACAUGGAAUAGGUUCACUCUUGCUGGAGAGUUUGAAGGACCACAUCUCCACCACUGCCCAGGACCACUGCAAAGCCAUCUACCUGCACGUCCUCACCACCAACAACACAGCAAUAAACUUCUAUGAAAACAGAGACUUUAAACAGCACCACUAUCUCCCCUAUUACUAUUCCAUCAGAGGGGUCCUCAAAGAUGGCUUCACCUAUGUCCUCUACAUCAACGGCGGGCACCCACCCUGGACAAUCUUUGACUACCUACAGCACAUUGGAUCCACACUAGCCAGCCUGAGCCCAUGCUCCAUUCCCCAGAGGAUAUACCGGCAAGCCCAGAGCCUCCUGUGCAGCCUCCUGCCCUGGUCUGGCAUCUCUGCCAAGAGCGGCAUCGAGUACAGCCGGACGAUGUGACCGCAGGGUGUGCGGGAAGCCCAGGAUCGUUCCUCCUUCCACGUGACCCACCCGGCUCUGCGCUGGUUCCAGUGAUGACAGCUCUUGGCCAGUGACCCAGCCCCUGGGCGGGACUCCCUGUUCCACAGGGACUGACAUUUGGCAGACUUGACCCCGGGGCUCAGCCCCGACCCCCCGUGGGCUGGGGCGGGCCUGGGUGUCCGUCACCACUCCGUGUGCAUGUUGCACUGUCCCCACCACCUCCCUCGCCUCCGGUUUGCUCCUUCCAUACACGUGGGUUCAGCUGCUGCUCCCACUGCUCCCAGAGCAGCUGAGGGAGGGUCAGGAAUGUGCACUGAGGAACCACUGAACGGCUGGCAGGGGACAGUCGGAGAGUUGUGCUGGGAAAAGGGGAGCCGGGUGAGGGGAAAGGGGGAGUGAGAAUCAUGGUUUGGUCCUCCCACAUCAGCUGCUCGUGCUUCCUGUGGGUAACUUGCAGGGAGAGUAACUGCCUCGCAUGAGAAACUACCCAGCCCCACCAGCCCUCUGGAGUGAUGUACAAAGAAGUGUAGAAUUCAGGAUGCAUCGAGUAGAAGGCAGGGAAUGAAAUUGCUAUUUCAUAGUGAAAUAUAUAUGUAUUAUAGUGUAUAGAUCUUUCUGCCUCUGUCCAAGUUGGAAUGUAGCAGGGGACGGGAGCUGGGGGUGAAGAGUCUGGUCCAGAGCCCGUCUCCUCCCCUGUAUGUGCCCUCCCUUGGCACUGGACUCUUGCAGGCUCUGGAGUGAUGGAAUGUGUGCACAGAUCACAACAGUUUCUCCUUGCUGAGGAAGGUGCCCCAGCUGCUCGCUGUCGUGUUCUGGGCUGUGCUCUGACCCCCUGACGCUGUGCUGGGCAGUGUCCUGGCUGCAGGACCCCUCUGGCUGGGCCAGCUGGGCCUGAGUCUCUGCUCACUGGCAGCUCAUGUCCAGCCUGUGUGGAGGCCCCAGAGCUGCAGCCAGGCCAUGGGCCCUGCUACAUUCCCAUGGCAAAUCCUCCUUCCCUGGCUGAGGCUCUUCCCCUGCUCAGCACCAUGUUCCUCAUUCCCCUCCCAUCGUGUCACUGGAGCAGAGGGGUCCAAGCUCCAUCUGGUGCAGGGCCUGGAUGUGCUGGCACUGCCAGCUCUGGCAAGGGCUGGGCAGGACCUGGGGGUGACACUACAGGUCAGGCUGGGUCUUAGAAGACCUUGCAGACUGGAUGGCCACAGAAAGCCCUGUCAGUGUCUGAGCCCCUGGGGUGGGAGGCACAGGAGGGGAGGGUGCUGUGUGUGACAAGUGCCACCCUGGAGAGCAGGAAGCCCCAGGGGCUGGCAUGGACCUUCUGGGAGCAGCACAAGGCUCUUGUGCGAGGUGCUAGUCCUUCUGGGGCUCAGAGGCAUAGCUCAAUGACUGACACAAGGUAAAGAAGUGUUUAUGAGGAGUCAAGCUGGUGCUGGUGGAAAGGCCAUCCUUUGAGACCUCUGAGCCCCAGGAUGCCAAGGCUGCCCUCGGAAUGGACCUCUUUUACCCCAUCUGUCUCUGAUUCCUCUCCAGUUCAGCUGCCCACAGUGACCCCUUCCAGCCCCAGUGCCCCUGACGCACCUUCCAGCCUCAGUUCCACAACACCCUCAUUUGGGUUACCACUUUUUAGUCUGGGGUAUUUUUGCUUAUCCACUUUUUACUUAAACACAUCUGUUAGUUUAGAGGUUCUUUAGCAGCCCAAGCCCUUGGUUUUCCUCAGCACUUGCUUUCUCUGGACCAGAAUGAAGCUCUUUCUCUCCUGAGUGCCUGGCACUGAUAUGUGUGUGUGUGUGUCCCCUUUCUCCCCUCACACAACCCCACUCCACUUCUGCAGCACUGGAGCACAUCCCCAGGGGAGCUGUGACUGGUCUGUGCCCUCCUGCCACCCUGUCCCGAGGCAUUAGCCCUGUCCCCACUUUGCAGCCUGUUAUUUAUUGAAGAGCCUCUCGCUAAAUGUCUUCAAUUAAACCAAACCUCUUUUCUGA